AUGAUGCCAUGGUGCAUGCUGCACUUCUUGCUGCCCUUGCUUCUUGGUGUGUUUGGUGCAGAAGACAACUGCACCCCGGAGGUAAGCCUGAUGCAGCACCGAGAGGUGCAUAAGGGCUCCCUGGGCACCACUCUCAGAACGACCAAUGAGUCUCUGAAAGCGGAGCACGAGUCUAUCUUGAACGAUGCCUUGCAAGCGCACGAGGGGUGCUCAAAAAGCAAGAACUGCAGCUUCAUCUCGGAGCAUUCGCCAAUGUUUCCAACGCCAGCCACAAUUCCGGUCAUUAGCUAUGCGGAUGCUGCAAAGACUCAGGCCGCGUGGCAGGCCCCCAUGAAGAAGACGUAUGACAACGGGGUGAGGUCGCCGGCUCUUGGUUGGAAUUCUUGGAACCAGUUUAACUUGGAUGUUAAUGAAACCAAAGUCCUGAGCGUCGCUCGGGCGAUGAAGAGUUCCGGGCUGCUGGAUAGUGGUUUCGAAUACAUCAUCAUCGAUGACGGCUGGGGUAGCCCCGAUAGAGAUCAAGACGGGCGACUGCAGGCCGAUCCGGCAAAGUUUCCAAACGGCAUCAAGUGGCUUGCAGAACAGCUGCAUGGCCUUGGGUUCAAGUUCGGUAUCUAUACCAGUGUUGGAGAGAAGACAUGUGGUGGAGGCCAACCUGGGAUCAUGGGCCACAUCCAGAUCGAUGCAGCGACCUUUGCAUCUUGGGAUGUGGAUUACGUCAAAGUGGAUCGGUGCGGCUGGCCUGGGGAACUAUUCUUUGCGCCAGGGCUGGAUGUUGGGGACCUACCGGAGUUUGCGCGGAUCGUUGCUGGCAUCGACUACCCUGAAAGCGGCAAGUAUCCACCAUCCUUCUAUCAAGUGUCUGGCCGGGUGGAAGGCUACCAAAACUUCAGCGCGGCAUUAAACAGCUCGGGCCGGACAAUGUACUUGGAGAUUUGUGACUGGGGCGAGGAUGACACGCUUUCGUUCGCGCCACAAAUCGCAAACUCUUUUCGAAUGCUGUGGGACAACUUUCCGCAGUGGCACCGCGUCGAAGAGAUAUAUGAGUAUUAUGCUCAGGUGCUAGCAAUUCCAGCUUCAACGAGACCUGGCGCGUAUGCUUUCGCAGACAUGCUGGAAGGGGGAGUUGAUGGCUUCCUGUACAACAGGGACACUUUCCCGGCGUCCAAUUUGACAAGAAGGGAGGCAGCAACCGAGCAUGCGAUGUGGUCAAUGUGGAGUUCCCCCUUAAUCCUUGGCUAUGACGUUGCAAAGCCUAGCAAGGUGUGGGUAACCGAGAUCAUGAGGAACCCAGCGAUCCUAAAGAUCAAUCAGGACCCGUUGGGCAUAGCCGCCCGCCUCGCCGUCCGGAAGCAGAAGAAUUUUUGCCCCAUCUCCGAUUGUUACCACACAGAUGUGUGGGUGAAGCCCCUUGCCGAGGGUGCCGUGGCUGUGGCACUGGUCAAUGUCGCCGGGGCCUACAAUGAGCACAACAUAUUCUACACAACAGAAUCUAUUUCGGUGGCGUGGGAGACACUAUGGCUCAGUCCAGAAACCAACGUCUCAGUGUAUUCUGCAACAGAUCAGAAGGACUUGGGCAUUAUGAGUGGAUCUGUUUCGAUGGAUGUUGAACCACAUGGUGUUACUGUUCUGGUUCUGACUCCACAGAAGACCACUGUGUAG